UAGAAAUUAAACUUGGCUUAGCCCAAUAAUUGGGUCCAUUAGAUGUUAACUUAUUGGGCUAGAAGUUGUAUGAUAAUUAAUAAAUUAGCUAGCCCAUAAGAUAGACUUAGAAAGAUCUAGAGUAGUUAAUGUACCUAAACAAUUCUAGAUUAUUCCUAAGCUAGAAUCCUAUAGAAUAUUCUAGAAGGUUAAGGAAGUAGGAGUACCUAGAAGGAUCCUAUGAGACCUAUAAAUAGAGCACUCCUCACUCAUUUGUAAAGCAAGCCAAAAAGCUCCAAAUCAAUACAAGUUCCAAGUUUUUCUAAAAUCACCACUCUCUAAAAUUCUCUCUUCCACACACAAUCACCCAAAUAUAAUACUCAUCAACUACUUUCUUCCAACAAAGUGGUAUCAGAGCCAUCAAUCCUUUCAAGAAAAAUGAAUUCCAACGGCUUAGUUCCAUUCCAAUUUCCUCGCCUCACUAAAGAUAACUACUCUAGUUGGUGCAUUCGCAUGAAAGCCUUGCUUGGAUCUCAAGAUGCAUGGGAGAUUGUUGAGAAAGGUUAUGAGGAACCUCAAGAUGAUGCUACUUUAAAUCAAUCCCAAAGGGAUAGUCUACAAAAGAGUAGGAGGAAGGAUCAACAAGCUCUCACUCUCAUAUAUCAAUGCUUAGACGAGGCCAUGUUCGAGAAGGUUUCAAAUGCCACCACUUCUAAAGAAGCAUGGGAGAUACUACAUAACUCUUUCAAGGGAGUUGACAAGGUGAAGAGAAUUCGUCUUCAAACUCUUAGAGGUGAGUUCGAACAACUUAAAAUGAAAUAUUCAGAAUCAAUAUCCGACUAUUUCUCUAGAGUGUUAGUAAUUGUAAAUGAGAUGAAGAGGAAUGGUGAGGAACUAAAGGACAUAACGGUGAUUGAGAAAAUCCUUCGCUCUCUCACCAAAGACUAUGAUUAUAUUGUGGUGGCCAUAGAAGAGUCCAAGGAUUUAGAGUCCAUGACCAUUGAUCAACUUAUGGGCUCACUACAAGUCCAUGAAGAAAGAGUUGUGAGAAAUAAAUCUGAUGAAUCAUUGGAGCAUUCUCUUUACUCCAAACUCUCUUUUAAAGAAAGAGGGGAGAAUAGAGGUGAAGAAAGAGGCCAACGAGGUCGUGGUUAUGAUCGAGGACGUGGUGCACGUGGAAGAGGUGGUCGAGGUCGUGGUUAUACAAACUUCAACAAUGAAGAAAGAAUUCAAUAUACACAAGCAUCUAGAGGCCGUGGGAGAGGAAGCAAACCACAAAGGUACGAGAAGUCUCAACUAAAGUGUUAUAAUUGCAAUAAAUAUGGCCACUAUGCAUAUGAAUGCAAGCGCUCUAAUCAUGUUAAAGAAGAGGCCCAUCUCAUGGAGAUGAAUAAUGAGGUAGAACUUACCUUGUUGAUGGCAAAUCAUGAAGAACAAACAAAGAAGAGCACGUGGUAUUUAGAUACCGGAGCUAGCAACCACAUGACGGGAGAUAAAAGCAUGUUCGUGAAGGUAGAACAAACUCAAGGUCAUGUUACUUUUGGAGAUGAGUCUAAAGUCGAGGUGAAUGGUAAAGGUAACGUUCUAAUCCGUCUAAACGAUGGAAGUCACCAAUUCAUUUCCGAUGUUUACUAUGUGCCCAACUUAAAAACAAAUAUUCUAAGUAUGGGACAACUCUUAGAAAAGGACUAUGAUAUUCACUUAAAGAAUCGUAGUCUUUCUCUACGAGACAAUAAUGGAAGACUAGUUGCUAAAGUGCCGAUGACUAGAAACCGAAUGUUCUUGCUUGACAUUCAAAGAGAUCAAGCCAUAUGCUUAAAAAGUUGCUUGAAAGACGAGUCAUGGAUUUGGCACUUAAGAUAUGGGCACUUAAACUUUGGUGGCUUGAAAAUGCUAUCAUCCAAAGGCAUGGUGAAAGGCUUGCCCUUCAUCAAUCAUCCUGAUCAGCUAUGCGAAGGUUGCCUAUUUGGGAAGCAAUCAAGGAAACCAUUCCCUAAAGAAGUUACCUCAAGAUCUAAGGAACCAUUGGAGUUAGUCCAUACCGACUUAUGUGGUCCUAUUACUCCAUGUUCACAUGGUAAAAGUAAGUACUUUCUCACUUUCAUCGAUGAUUACUCAAGAAAAACAUGGGUAUAUUUCCUUAAACAAAAAUCUGAGGCCUUUGAAGCAUUCAAGAAAUUUAAGGCUCUUAUUGAGAAAGAAAGUGGGUACAGUAUCAAAGCCAUGAGAUCAGAUCGGGGUGGGGAGUUCACAUCAAAGGAGUUUAAUCAAUUUUGUGAAGAUAAUGGCAUCCGCCGUCCCAUGACUGUCCCACGAACACCACAACAAAAUGGUGUUGCCGAAAGAAAGAAUAGGACGAUCCUCAACAUGGCUCGAAGCAUGCUAAAAACAAAGAAUAUGCCUAAAGAUUUUUGGGCUGAAGCUGUGGAUUGUGCUGUCUAUCUUCAAAAUCGCUGCCCCAUGAAGAGUCUCGAUGGAAAAACUCCACAAGAAGCAUGGCAUGGAGGUAAACCUGGAGUCUCACACUUGAGAGUAUUUGGAUGCAUUGCAUAUGCGCAUGUACCCGAUCAGACUAGGUCAAAACUUGACGACAAGAGUGAGAAGUUUAUAUUCAUUGGAUAUGAUAAACACUCAAAAGGGUACAAACUCUACAAUCCGGAUUUUAAAAAGCUUAUAAUAAGUCGUGAUGUGGAGUUUGAUGAAGAAGGCUCAUGGGAUUGGAGCAUUGGUGACAAAGAAGAUUAUAGUCUCUUGCCUCUCAUGGAAUAUGAAGAAGAAGUUGAAGAAAAUCAUGAAAAUACAACUCCUCCACCAUCUCCCACUCAAGCUCAAGCUUCAUCACCAAGUUCGGAUGAAAGAGAAAUACCACGCAUGAGAAGCAUUGAAGAGCUUUACGAGGUAACACAAAAUUUGAACUCAAAUGAUGAACUUACACUCUUUUGUCUAUUUGGUGAUUGUGAGCCACUAAGUUUUCAAGAAGCCACAAGAAACAAGAAAUGGAGAGAUGCAAUGGAUGACGAGAUCAAGUCAAUCGUGAAGAAUAAAACAUGGGAGCUUGCCACACUUCCACCAAAACAUAAAGCAAUUGGAGUGAAAUGGGUAUUUAAGAUCAAGAAAAAUGCAAAAGGAGAAGUUGAGAAGUACAAGGCAAGACUAGUGGCCAAAGGCUACGCCCAGAGACAUGGCAUUGAUUAUGAAGAAGUAUUUGCGCCCGUGGCUAGAUUAGAAACAAUAAGAUUGAUAAUUGCAUUCGCGGCUCACAACAAGUGGAAGAUACAUCAAAUGGAUGUCAAGUCUGCAUUCUUAAAUGGGUUCCUAGAAGAAGAAGUCUACAUUGAGCAACCCGAAGGUUACAAAGUCAAAGGGCAAGAAGGUAAAGUGUUGAGGCUAAGUAAGGCUCUUUAUGGGCUUAAACAAGCACCAAGAGCUUGGAAUAGUAGAAUUGAUCAAUACUUCCAAGCUAAUGGAUUCGUGAAAUGUCCGCAAGAACAUGCUCUAUAUAUCAAGAAAAAUCAUCAAGGAGACAUAUUGCUCGUGUGCAUAUAUGUGGACGACCUCAUCUUUACAGGUAAUAACAUGACGAUGUUUGAUGAAUUUAAACAAGUCAUGACAAAGGAGUUCGAGAUGACUGACAUUGGGCUUAUGAGUUACUAUCUUGGCAUCGAGGUGAAACAAAUGGAUGAUGGUAUAUUCAUCACUCAAGAAGGAUACACGAGAGAAGUACUCAAGAAGUUCAACAUGGAAGACUCUAAACCUGUAAGUACACCUGUUGAAAGUGGACUAAAGCUAUCAAGGUAUGAUAAAGGAAAAUUGAUUGAUCCAACUUACUUUAAGAGUCUUGUGGGGAGCUUAAGAUACUUAACAUGUACAAGACCAGAUAUUCUCUUCGGUGUUGGACUUGUUAGUCGAUUCAUGGAGGCCCCCACAACACCUCAUUUGAAGGCUGCAAAAAGGAUUUUGCGAUAUCUUAAAGGCACCACCGAAUAUGGGUUGUUUUACUCUUCAUCUGAUGAGUUUAAGCUGGUUGGAUAUUCUGAUAGUGAUUGGUGUGGAGAUAUUGAUGACCGCAAGAGAACAACUGGGUUCGUAUUCUACAUGGGAAACACCGCUUUCACAUGGGUUUCAAAGAAGCAACCGAUCGUCACUCUAUCCACUUGUGAAGCCGAGUACGUUGCAGCAACAUCAAGUGUGUGUCAUGCAAUUUGGCUCCGCUACAUAUUGCAAGCUCUCAGCAUGUCUCAAGAAGAAGCAACAACAAUAUUUGUGGACAACAAGUCAGCUAUUGCAUUAGCAAAGAAUCCAGUGUUUCAUGAUCGAAGCAAGCACAUAGACACUCGAUAUCAUUUCAUUCGAGGAAAGAUAACGGAGAAGGAAGUUCAAGUAGAGUAUGUGAAGACUCAAGACCAAGUCGCUGAUAUUCUCACAAAGCCACUCAAGCAUGAUGUCUUUGCAAAGAUGCGAAAUCUACUUGGUGUUGCUAAGUCAAGUUUAAGAGGGGAUGUUAGAAAUUAAACUUGGCUUAGCCCAAUAAUUGGGUCCAUUAGAUGUUAACUUAUUGGGCUAGAAGUUGUAUGAUAAUUAAUAAAUUAGCUAGCCCAUAAGAUAGACUUAGAAAGAUCUAGAGUAGUUAAUGUACCUAAACAAUUCUAGAUUAUUCCUAAGCUAGAAUCCUAUAGAAUAUUCUAGAAGGUUAAGGAAGUAGGAGUACCUAGAAGGAUCCUAUGAGACCUAUAAAUAGAGCACUCCUCACUCAUUUGUAAAGCAAGCCAAAAAGCUCCAAAUCAAUACAAGUUCCAAGUUUUUCUAAAAUCACCACUCUCUAAAAUUCUCUCUUCCACACACAAUCACCCAAAUAUAAUACUCAUCAACUACUUUCUUCCAACAUCGUCCAGCGCCGCCGCCUUGCACAAAACUUCUGCCGGGGAGAACAGUCGAUGACCCUGAAGCAAUGUGGCUUGCUGGCGUAGUUGUCCGCUCGAAAUGGAUGCCAAGGCGGUGAAGGUGCCGCCUGGUCUAGAUGUGUUGUCCGCCAUCCAACCGCCCGUUGUAGAACCUCCGCCGGCGGAUUACUGCCUGAGAAUUCACAACGGCAACAAAUCUCAUUCUCUGCUCUUACGCGCACAACAAACUACCUUCUCUCCCUCAUCUCUAAUUCUUUACGUAGUACUCCGUAUUAUCUGGUUGUUUUUUACAAGUUACAAUUACGUAUUUUUUUCAAACAAAUUUGUUUUAAUUUUCUGAGGUAUUGUUUAUUUUAUCCAAGUUUAUCACAAAAUGCUUAUAAAUUCGUUUCAAUUUUUUGUGGUUGCUACGUUUUCUGUGGUUUGUUAAAUUUAGGGUUUAUGAGCAUUAAACAUGUGUAUCGAACAUUAGCGGUGAACAUGUCAGUGAAUGAAUGCAUUUAAAGAAGUUUGUUAUGCAAUGGUUAUGAUGGAUAAUGCAGUAACAAAGAGAAAUAAUGCCAACAUGUAAUGCAAUGUACUUAAUUAGACUUAAAAUAAAAAAAAUUAUUACAUCUAAAAACAAAAAAAAAUAAAAACUAUAAAUAAAUUCUUAAAUUGAAUGAGAAGAGAUAUAAUUUUGACGGAAGUGCAGUAAUUGUUAUCGGAUAUGCAGUAAAAGCAAUAAAAAGUGCAUUAAUU